CGCGCGGCCCGGGAGCUGCGGACGCGGUGGCCGACGGAGCAGGAGUCGCAGACGCCGCGGGGUCUCCGGGACAGGAACCCCCAGUGCUGUGUGCAGAUCCUGCAGGGAAGGUUUACUGGAACCCUGGCCCCCGCCAGCCAGCGGAAUGUCAGCCACGCUGGAUCUGAAAUCAAAGGAGGAGAAGGAUGCCGAAUUGGACAAGAGGAUCGAGGCUCUUCGGCGGAAGAAUGAGGCCCUCAUCCGGCGCUACCAGGAGAUUGAGGAGGACCGUAAAAAAGCAGAACUCGAGGGCGUAGCUGUGACAGCUCCCCGGAAGGGCCGCUCGCUGGAGAAGGAGAAUGUGGCAGUUGAGGUGGAGAAGAACCAGGGUCCCUCCCGCAGGACUCCUGGGACCCCUCGGCCCCCAGGGCCCAGCAGGGGAGGCCGGACUCCCCCUCAGCAGGGAGGCCGGGCAGGCAUGGGCCGGGGGACCCGCAACUGGGAGGACAGUCCGGGGGAUCAGCCCCGAGGAGGAGCCGGGGGCCGUGGCCGGCGGGGCCGGGGCAGAGGGUCCCCUCAUCUCUCUGGAGGUGGAGAUCCCUCAGCUGCUGACCGCAAAUCCAAGGAGUGGGAGGAGCGGCGCAGGCAGAACAUCGAGAAGAUGAAUGAAGAGAUGGAGAAGAUUGCGGAGUAUGAGCGCAACCAGCGGGAAGGCGUGCUGGAGCCCAACCCGGUGCGGAACUUCCUGGAUGACCCGCGGCGGCGCGGCGGGCCCCUGGAGGAGCCUGAGCGGGACCGAAGGGAAGGCAGCCGCCGGCACGGGCGCAACUGGGGUGGUUCUGACUUCGAGCGGGUGCGCUGUGGCCUGGAGCAGGAGCGGCAGGGCCGGCGGGCCAGCCCUGGCAGAGCCGGCGACAUGACCCUGUCCAUGACGGGCCGUGAGCGGUCGGAGUACCUGCGCUGGAAGCAGGAGAGGGAGAAGAUCGACCAGGAGCGGCUGCAGCGGCACCGCAAGCCCACCGGCCAGUGGCGGCGGGAGUGGGAUGCCGAGAAGACGGAUGGGAUGUUCAAGGAUGGCCCAGCUGCUGCUCACGAACCAGCCCACCGCUAUGAUGACCAGGCCUGGGCCCGGCCCCCCAAGCCCCCCACUUUCAGGGAGUUCCUGUCCCAGCACAAAGCUGAGGUCAGCCGCAGGCGGAGGAAGGGCAGCCGACCCCAGGCCAAGGCGGCGCCUCGUGCCUACAGUGACCAUGAUGACCGCUGGGAGACGAAGGAGGCAGUGUCCCCAGCUCCCCCUGAGGCCCCGCAGCCCACUCCCUUGGCGGAGACGCCCGCACAGCUGCCUGAGACCCCUGCCCCUGCCCCCCAGCGUCCUGAGGACCAGGGGGAGGAGGACCAGGGGGAGGAAGACGAAGGUGAGGAUGAGGAAUGGGAAGAUGUGAGUGAAGACGAGGAGGACAUUGAGGAGGAGGAGGAAGAGGAGGCUGAAGAGGAGGAGGAGGAGGAGGAGGAAGAACCAGCUCACCACCACCACCAACCUCAAGAGUCUGAGCCCACCAGGAGCCCCAGCAGCGAGCAGGCCAACAAAGAGCCCCCCAGGCCUGAGGAGCCCCCACCGGUUCCCCAGGCCCCUGCCACACCUUCCAGCCCCUUCUCACCCUCUGGGGGCCACCAGCCUGUGUCCGACUGGGGCGAAGAGAUGGAGCUGAAUUCUCCCGGAACCGCCCAGCCGGCAGUUGCCCACUCUCCGGGAGGUGACCAGCCAGCCACUGCCUCCCUGGAGAGUGGGCCCAGCCUCCCCGGAACCCAGAAAGCUGAAGAGGAGGGGUCUGAGGCAGCUCCAGAAGUGGCCCGUGAAGGCCAGGAGACUGCGGAGAUCACGGACUUCCAGAGGGUGCGUUUCUGCAAGGUGGUGGCUGCCGCCCCACCACCGGGGGCCGCCCGCUGACCGUGCCCUCCGACUCUGCACUAACUCCCUGCAGCCUCGCUCCUCUGUCCUCUGCUUCUGCCACGCUCCAGCCAGGAGAGGGUUAAAUGUAAGGGGGGAGGGGCCAGGGACAGCUAACGGGGUAGGGUCCGCUCAACAGCCCGGGUCUUUCAAAUGCGUGGCGCCAGGGCACCUGGAUGGCUGAGAAGCCUCCGAGUUACCCACCUGUGGCAGCCCUGGUGGGUAGGUACUAGCCUCCCGGAGGAGAUUCCCACCCCCCCGGACAUUACAUCUAAGGCGUGGCAACUAGCCAGUGACUCUUCCGAAGGACUUGAAUUACUCGGCCCCCAGUUGUCUCUAUUAAAUGCAGCGCUUUCGCUAACCUUUGAACUGUGUUUCGGGCAGGGUAGCGGGUGGGGGUGGGGGGCGUGGCGUUGCUGUGCUUUGCAGGCUUUUCCGUGGUGGAAGAGGCGCGAAGAAGGGGGUUUUCCUUCCUCCAC